AGUAAGUGUGUGUGUGUGUCUCUGUGUGUGUGUGUGUGUGUGUGUGUGUGUGUGUCUUGUGUGUGUAGUCUGGACCCUACCUGUGUAAGUAUGUGUUUUGUGGUUGUUAGAUUCUGAUAAAAAAGGCUUCGUGGGGACAAAGUCCUAGCCUAAGGAGUUAGGCUAGUAUGAACACCUAGAUAGUAAGGAUAUUCUCCCAGUAUUGAUGAUGGGAGUGACCAGCUCAAGGAUCGCAGAGAAUAAAGAGUGAUUAUAUUUGACUCCUUUCUCCCCUUUUGACCAGUCCUGUUUCCACAACUAGCAACAUAAACAGUUUCUCUUUUUGUUGCCCUGGGCAUUUGAGGGUAGUACAAUAAAAAGUGUCAUUUUGUUUCAAACAGAACUUUAGAAUAUUGUAGAAAUAAUUAAAACUUUAAUAAAGAUGUAACUAGUAUUUAUAGCCACUAAGUAAGAUGAAAAAUAAAACUGCUGAUACAAUUCAGAAACAAUGCUUUGGCUCCCCUGAGAGUGAGGCAUUCCUGAAACCUGGAAUGUUCCCAAAGUGGAAACACUCUGGAGAGAAACUUUGUUUGAACUGAUUCUUUAAAAAAUCUUUGAGAAUUUUAGGUAGUUUUAAGCACUAAAGAAGGAUUCAAGCAGCUAUCCUCUCUAAUCCUUAUUAUUACUGUUUUACUUUGAUUUGAUUUGAUAUUUCAAGCUUGAAAUGCCCAUAGUAUAAAUAAGUUACUCAAAACACACAUACACACACGUAUUUUUCUAGGGACAGUAUGUCUGUAGCAGUCUUAUUAAAUAUUUUAUUUACACAUCAAAUGUUACAUUUUCAUGCCAAAAACUUGAGAAUAAAUUUAGACAUGGGCUAUAUUUUUUUAAAAUAUAUUUAUUUUGGCAUAGGGUCUUGUCCACCACUUUUCUCUCAAUCAUGCCUGUUUGUACUUGUCAUAAUUUGCUCAGUGCAGAUUCAAAAGGAUACAAUUACAUGGUAGGAAAUGAUAUAAUUAUUUUAAAGUGUCUACAUGACAAUAUAGAGUAAUACAACUUUAAAGUAAAUCUCCAUACUUUAUUUUGUGCACACAUGUCUACUUUGAAAAUCCUGUUUUUAACUCAUUCCAAAUGUAUUCAUGAUUUAGCUGACAAAAUUUCCUUUAGAAAGUAAAUGGCCUUAAUAAAUACUGUAAAAGUUUCUAAGUAAGCUUUAUUUUCUAAUAAUUUGACAAUAUUUCACAAAUAUGCUAUUUAUGGUAAUUAAAGAUAAUGAAACUAUAUUAAAAUAAAGUGGUUUGAGUAUUUAAAAUUUGUGUUUUGAUGGUGACAAUGCAUUUAAAAAUAUUCUAGAAUAUUCCAGAAAAGCCUCCCCCAAGCCAAAAAUAAAAAUACUCUGUUUUUUAAAUGAUAUUUUUGUAGUGGUAUUUUUGUAGUAUUAUUUUGGCAUUUGUUUAAAUGUCAUCAAAAUGUAUAAAAAUACUCUGGAAAACUUUAUGGUUUCAUAAAUCAAGUUGUGUUUCUGGCAUACUAUCCCUGCAGUCAGGGCUUUCUGUUUGUUUGUUUGAGGUUUUUUUGUUUUGCUUUAGCAAUUUGAGAUUUCUGUCAUUGGUAUGCCAAAUACAGGGCAAUAAAACUUUGCAUGCGCCCCUGAGUUUCCCUCAGGGAAGUGCAUUCUUCAAUUUCAUUACAUCAGUUCUGCCACUCUACUAUCUACUCUACCUGUAAAACUAGCUUUCUUUCGAGGAGAUCUCCAACUAAAGACAUGGAUUCAGAAGAGAAGGAAAUUGUGGUUUGGGUUUGCCAAGAAGAGAAGCUUGUCUGUGGGCUGACUAAACGCACCACCUCUGCUGAUGUCAUCCAGGCUUUGCUUGAGGAACAUGAGGCUACGUUUGGAGAGAAACGAUUUCUUCUGGGGAAGCCCAGUGAUUACUGCAUCAUAGAGAAGUGGAGAGGCUCCGAAAGGGUUCUUCCUCCACUAACUAGAAUCCUGAAGCUUUGGAAAGCGUGGGGAGAUGAGCAGCCCAAUAUGCAAUUUGUUUUGGUUAAAGCAGAUGCUUUUCUUCCAGUUCCUUUGUGGCGGACAGCUGAAGCCAAAUUAGUGCAAAACACAGAAAAAUUGUGGGAGCUCAGCCCAGCAAACUACAUGAAGACUUUACCACCAGAUAAACAAAAAAGAAUAGUCAGGAAAACUUUCCGGAAACUGGCUAAAAUUAAGCAGGACACAGUUUCUCAUGAUCGAGAUAAUAUGGAGACAUUAGUUCAUCUGAUCAUUUCCCAGGACCAUACUAUUCAUCAGCAAGUCAAGAGAAUGAAAGAGCUGGAUCUGGAAAUUGAAAAGUGUGAAGCUAAGUUCCAUCUUGAUCGAGUAGAAAAUGAUGGAGAAAACUAUGUUCAGGAUGCAUAUUUAAUGCCCAGUUUCAGUGAAGUUGAGCAAAAUCUAGACUUGCAGUAUGAGGAAAACCAGACUCUGGAGGACCUGAGCGAAAGUGAUGGAAUUGAACAGCUGGAAGAACGACUGAAAUAUUACCGAAUACUCAUUGAUAAGCUCUCUGCUGAAAUAGAAAAAGAGGUAAAAAGUGUUUGCAUUGAUAUAAAUGAAGAUGCGGAAGGGGAAGCUGCAAGUGAACUGGAAAGCUCUAAUUUAGAGAGUGUUAAGUGUGAUUUGGAGAAAAGCAUGAGAGCUGGUUUGAAAAUUCACUCUCAUUUGAGUGGCAUCCAGAAAGAGAUUAAAUACAGUGACUCAUUGCUUCAGAUGAAAGCAAAAGAAUAUGAACUCCUGGCCAAGGAAUUCAAUUCACUUCACAUUAGCAACAAAGAUGGGUGCCAGUUAAAGGAAAACAGAGCGAAGGAAUCUGAGGUUCCCAGUAGCAAUGGGGAGAUUCCUCCCUUUACUCAAAGAGUAUUUAGCAAUUACACAAAUGACACAGACUCGGACACUGGUAUCAGUUCUAACCACAGUCAGGACUCCGAAACAACAGUAGGAGAUGUGGUGCUGUUGUCAACAUAGUUCCAAUGGCUCCUUUCUGACCUGCUUUCAUGUUUUAAUGUUUGUUUAAUUUAAUAGGAAACCUCAUUUUAAAUAUAACACUCAAAAAAUGUAAAUCAUAUUGUAGUAUUCAAUAGUUAAUAAAAACUAGAGAAAUGUAUUGUUUCUGAUGUGAAAUUUCCAAAGGAACUUUAAUUAUUGCAAGUUCAAGCAAUGAACUAUUUAUCACGAAUGCAGCACAAAUAGCUUGUCGUUGUAGAACACAGAAAUAAUUUGAUGGGAAUCAUAUGAUAGUCUUCCUUAGCAUCUGUGGAAAACGAUUUACAUAAACUUUAAAAGCAAUCCUCAAUAUCAGACAGUCCAAAUAUUCAAACAUGAAGAAGUAGAAUUAAAAUGUGCUGUAAUAUAUAUUUUUCCAACACUGUAUAAUUGGAAUUUUUAAAUCUGUAAAGUAUAUGGGAGCUACUGUGUUGUAACUGCAUUAAUUCAAAGUUUGGUUCUUUUAAUUGAUCCUUGAUAAUACAAGGUAUCAUGUAUAUCACUUCCUGAACCCUUCUACCUGUUGAGGCCUAUGAAACAGGCUGCUGUUGGGACAUGUAUAAAUACUGGCAGGGAAUCAGACACGUAUAGGGUACAGAUGAGGCAGGGCCAAGUGCUGCGUACAAACAGCAAUUUUUAUAAAGAAGCCUCAAUUUAUUAAGAGCUAUGUGUGGAUGUUUGCUAUCUGGCAAUUCAGAUCUCCUGACCAAACCCAUGUUCAUUCACUGAGUGAGGUAUAGUGUGGGUUACAGAGAAAAUCAGUCAUAGUGUUAUUUGUUUAUGUCCUAUCUACAAAAGUUGCAAUGAUGGAAUUUGGAACCCUUCUGUGGAUAAAAUAGAAUCUGCUAUAAUUAUUAGCAUUUUGUCUCUGAACCUACAGAGAGGAGACCACAUGGACAAAAGACUUAUUCUGCUAUGCUAUAACUCAGAUUGUCUUAUUUCUUCAUCUAAAGUGCUUAAAAGAAACUUAGUUCCUAAAAAAGUACCAGCAAAAUCCCAAACACACUAGUAAGAAUCCAAGAAAUUGAAGGGAUUAUUUAGGUCUCAUCUUGACUGACAAUCAUUAUUAUGGCCUACUAUGCUUGUGUUUUAAUUAGAAAUGUGCUUUCUUCUCUCUCCCUUCUUUGCUUACUUUCUUCUUAUUUGCCUUCCUGUCUGCCUUACUUCCUCUCUUUUCCUGCCUUCAUCUCUCCUUCUCCCGUCUUCUUUUUUUCCUUUGCUUCCUUCCUGCCAAUGAACACAUGAUGCAAUCAUAAUGAAAUAAUUAUUUUUUAUUGUACUGUUAACUGAAUACUGCUGCAGUUUAUUUUUAUUUAGCUGAUAUCUUUCCUGUGUGUCACUGCACAUGUAAGUAGAAAUAUUAUUUUACUGAGUUUUAAUAUGUGGACAUUGGUUAAGGGUCCCAAUCCUUCUCAUUUCUUCUCUUUUAUUCUUUUGCAUACUUUUAGUGCAGGUUCUAACUCAGUUUUCUUAUUGUUUUACUUUCAAAAUUUGAAAAGUAUUUAAUUUUUUAAAGCAACUUUAUUGUUAACUCAUUUAAAAAAAUAUAUUGUUCCUUAAAUUUUCUUAACAUAUUUGUUUGUUCCUGCCUUCUCCUGUCUUUUAACUCAUCUUUGGGAAGACAUUUAGAAUUUUCUGAUUGUUUCAGUUUCGUGAGCAUUUAUACUAUCAUUUCUUGUACCAAAAUAGAUAUUUUCAGGUCUUAUUUCAAGUUGGCUGGUAAGAAAAAUAGAAAUUUCCAUUCUAUGGAAAAAUACAGUGAUAAAGAGUAAUAAUUCUGACAUCGGUUACAUUUUUUUAAAAAAGAUAAAAUUGAAUAGUCAUCUGUGAAAGGAAAGUUCACCUGACUAAGAGUCCAUAAAAUUAUUCAACAAUAUAAGCCACUGACAUAUUCAUUGUUCACUAAUGGGGAUCAAAUUCAGAAGAUCAUCAUAAAUGAUAAACCCAUUGUAUCAUUUUCCUACAGUGGAAGUCAUCUCUUUGAAUUAUUCUUAUCUUUAGUGAGAAAAUACUGAAAGAACAUGCUUAUCUAUUUGACUAAUUAUCUGAAUUCAAAAGAGGUUCUGAUAAGAAGUAGGCCUGGAGAGAUAAUUUCAUCUUAGAAACUUUGAAUUAACUUCUGCUUUUAUACAGUUAAGCACAGUAAUGCAUUUAAGGCUCAAUUCUUCUACAUUUUACAGUAAAUAAUGUUUGUAAGUCUCAGAAAGUAGUACCAUUGCUUUUUAAAUUCAUUUCAGAAUUUCCAUUUGCUCAUUAGUUAUACAAAUGUAUUUGUGCGUUUGAUCACUACAAUCAUUAAGUUUUAAUCCUUCAUCAGCUACCAUGGUGAACCUCUUAAUUUACAGUUACAUGUUAAUAUAUUAACACAAAUAGAAGUACUGAAAUACAAUGCCCUCAUGUCUGGAUACUGAACUAUUUGUUAUUAAAUUAAGUGAGAAUUGGAAUUAUAAGUAUAGAACUUGAUAGAAAGUGUAAUGUUAUUAUCUAUAGAAACGUUAAAGUAUAAAUUCUUGAGUAACCUGACAGGUUAACUAUGAAAUUGCCAUAUGCAGCUAGAAGAAACAAACCAAAGCUGACUAUUCUUAAUUUGUGUAACAGGACCUAGAUUCAUCCUUGGUCAUCCUUCCACUUGGAAUUCUCCUUUUUCUCCUUCUGUAAUGCUCUGAAAUCUUACCCUUUCCACAGUCUUUUUAAUGUGCUAGCUCUUCUAUGAUAUACGUUUGUUCCAUUCAAUUAGUUGGAAUCUCAUCUCUGAACCCAGAAAUAUUUUAGAGGUACUUCUCAUAAGAAGCAUUUUUAUUCUGGCUUACGCUAUAUAUAUUUAUGCACUUACCUAAUUCCCCUCCUUCAAUGAAUUCUUUUUUUUUUUUCUUGAGACGGAGUCUCACUGUGUAGCCCAGGCUGGAGUGCAGUGGCACGAUCUUGGCUCACUGCAAGCUCCGCCUCCCGGGUUCACGCCAUUCUCCUGCCUCAGCCUCCUGAGUAGCUGGGACUACAGGCGCCCGCCACCACGCCAGGCUAAUUUUUUUAGUAGAGACGGGGUUUCACCGUGUUAGCCAGGAUGGUCUCGAUGUCCUGACCUUGUGAUCCACCCGUCUCGGCCUCCCAAAGUGCUGGGAUUACAGGCGUGAGCCACCGUGCCCGACCAAUGAAUUCUUAUUAAAUUACUUUAUCAUCUGUCUUGUUAGCCUUACUCUUUCCUAUUAACUUCUUUGCCCCCUGCUCCCUUUUUGAAUUGAGUGGCUAAAUUUUAGAGGUUUGUAGCUUUUGUGUGUGUGUGUGUGUGUUUUAUAGAUGGUAAAUGAUGCUUGUACAUUUUGUACAUGAAUGAAUAUGUAUUUUAACAGACUUAAAACAUUAACAGCAAUUGACCUUAUACAUUUUGGGAAAGAAAAAUUAAAUCUUCAUGCUACUAUGAUUUUUUAAAAUGUGGCAUCAAUGUUUAUUUUUAAUAAUAGUAUUACUGACUUAAUAAAGCCCAAAUGUCUCUUUAAGCUGAUUUAAUGGUUAUAUUAUAGAAUUUUUUAUUUCAUUGUGUGCUUAUGAGAAAAAACAUAUUUUAGAGUUGGGUUUUAAAUGGUAGAUACAGAAAGUAACUUUAAAAUAUCCUAAACAAAAUAUCUAUUUCAUUUUUCUUCUUAAGUAAAAUAACAACACCUCAUUAGUGUGUAGAAGCUAUUCUAAUCCAUUAAAAUUUUAUUUUUAUAUUUAUUUAAAUAUCUACUGUACAUGACAAAAUAUAUUUCUGUGGCUGCCUUUUAUAAUUAUUUUCCAAGUAGACAUAAUCUACUUAAAACAUAUUUUUCUAGUGACAAAGAAAUACAUUUUAUCCUGAUAUAUAGUUUUUAAAUACUAGGCUAUUUCUUUUCAUACUGCCUGAUUGGUUUAAUAAACAUGAUGUGACAAAUAUUAAGUAUAUAUCAUUUUAUCAUGUUGUAACUGAUCCAAAAUAAUAAAAGAAAUAAUUAUACCUUUCUUGUGAUAUUGUUUUGGGUGGUCUUUUAUUUGGCUAUAUUAAAAAUAAAUCUUCUUUCAGGUUGAAUUAUAUAAUUGCUAUCCUUUUUUUUUUUUUUUUUUUUUUGAGACAGAGUCUAGCUUUGUCACCCAGGCUGGAGUGCAGUGGUGCGAUCUCGGCUCACUGCAACCUCUGCCUCCCGGGUUGGGUUCAAGCAAUUGUCGAGUCUCAGCCUCCCGAGUAGCUGAGGCUACAGGCACCCACUACCACGCUUGGUAAUUUCUUUUGUAUUUUAGUAGAGACGGGCUUUCACCAUGUUGCCCAAGAUGGUCUCGAACUCCUGAGCUCAGGCAAUUUGCCCCCUUGGCCUUCUAAACUGCUAGGAUUACAGGCAUGAGCCACCAUACCCGACCAUGAAUUAUAUAAUUGCUAAUAUAAUGCACAAUUUAUUUUAAGAUUAGUUAUUUCAUGAAAACGUAAAUAUACAGGAAGUAAGAUUGAACAAAACUAUUUAUUAGGUUUUAUACAUAUUUCUUCCAAUUUAUUGUGGAAGAAUAUGCAGACUCUUCCUCAUAUUUUUCUUACAUAACUCCUUACUCAUUCUGAGAUGUGGUUAUUCUGGAGAUGGCCCUAUAUUGUUCAUAUAGAGAUUCCUUACUGUGUUUGAUAGCAGCAGGGAAACUCAUUGUAUCAAUUAUAAUAAUUUAUUUAACUAAUCCCCUCCUUAUAGGCAUUUGGAUGUUUUCUGAAAAUUUACUAUUAUAAACAACGUCAUUCCAUCAAUGCAUUUCUGUAAGACUAGAUUGCCAGAUGUAGGAAUAUUGGCUUAAAGGGUAACAGAGGCAUUUUCAAAUUUAAUAAACAUUGACAAUUGAUCUUUAUAAAAAUUAAUCUUUUACUACCCAAGUUGUUAAUGUACUCUUCCCACCCACAGAGUAUGCUAUUUGUCUUUUAAUUUAUCUUAAAGCAAAAAAUUAAGUUAUAUAGUUGAAUGUAUGGAUAAGUAACUCGUAAAGUGUUUUUUGGUCAUUUUUAAACAGGCCUUCACACUGCAUGAUAAAUAAUUUUUAAAAUAAUUUUUGAAAUAAUUUCUCUGAUGCUUCUUUAGAGUGUAUUCAUGCUUUAGUUGUAAACUUUCAACCAUCUGAAAUUAAGUUCGUUACAUGCUUAAACUUAUGGAGAUAAUUGAAUCUUGUUUAGGUAAUUACAAGUUAUUCCACAUUAUUUGCCAAAUAACGUUGUGCCACUGUUUUUAAAUACCCCCUUUAUUGUGAACCAUAUUCUGGUACAUAUUUUGAAUCUAUUUUUGGAUUUUUUCUGCCAUCCCAUUGAUUUGGCUGUGUAUUCACGUUCAAGAGCUACAUAAUUUGAAUUAUUGUGACUUUAUAAUCCUUUUAAGAUUUGGUAUAUUUUAAUUAUUUAUAUAUUCCUAUUACUCGUGUUUGUUUUAAAAAAUUUUCCUGUUCUUUAUAAAUUUUGCAAUAUUUAUAAUCAUCUUGCACAGCUACAAAAAUAGUCUGUUGGUAUUUUAAAUUGAGAGCGUGCUAAAUUUAUGUAUACAUUUAGGGAAAACUGACUACUUUAAUAUUGAGACUUACUGUCUGAGAGCCUUAUGUGUUUCCUUUUGUUCAAGUCUUCAAUUGUGUCCCUCAGCAGGAUUUAAAACUUUAUUCUCUUCUUGCACAAGCAAUAUAAGAUUUAUUUCUGAAUUUCAUACCUUUUGUGUUACUGUCAUAAAUUAGGUUUGUUUCUCCUCAUUAAAUUAUUCAACUGAUAAUUGUCUUCAUCCAGGUUAAAAUUUGGAAAUUCCCUACUGAUUGCUUGUUUUAAGCCCUCACUUCAGAACUAUAUUUUAUCUACUGAAUUCAAUAAUUUCACUGAAUAUAGUGGAUUAAUAGUACAUUAAUUCUUUACAGUGCAUUCAUGCUUUAGUUUUAAACUUUCAACCACAUAUUCAAAUGAUUCUUGCUCUCAUGCAUGUAGACUUUCUUUCUUACAUUAUUUUGUAUACCAGCAAAGUGAAUUGAAAAAGUUAGGAAAUUCUCUGAAAUUUCAAACAAACAACUAUCCUUACCCUAGAAAAACAAAUUAACUGACUAACAAAAUUAAGAUCAAAACACAUUUGAAUGCAAAGAAGUCUAAGAUUUUUACUAAUUUGCAUAGGAUAGAAUACCUAAAUUUAAUUAGUAAUAUUUGUAAUGGCCAUGACAUAAAUAAAAAUAGAAUGUCUAGUAAUAUUGUAUCAUUAGUCCACUUAGGAACUUUAUGAGGCUACGAAAUGAAUGUUUGCAUAAGAAAAAUGCUUAACCUGCAGAGUUUCUCAGCUGUGGCAUUAUUGGCAUUUUGGCAGGAGAGUUUUUUGUCUGCUAGACUCUCCCAUUAACUGAAAAACAUUUAGCACACCAGGAUGCCUCCUACAAACUGGCAAUGGUACUGCUAUAUACUGGGACAAGCAAAAUUGUCUUCGUCUAACCCCUCCUCUCAUCCCUAAUGUUUCCAAGCAUUCCCUAGAGGCUAGUAUUGUCCUUGGUUGCAAAUAAUGAAGUCUUACGGGAGUUCAAUUAUUGUUAUAAUAAAAUACCACUUAUCUUUUAAAAAUAAAAUUAAAAGAAGAGUCAAUGACAUGAGCUUGGUAUAUUAAGUACAAAUGCACAGAACAAUCUGCUUAAAACAAAGGAAGGAGGGCCUUAGUAGAUCAAGCCCAAUAAUAAUUUACGAAACUGAGACAUAAGCAUAAAGAUGGGAGACAAUUUAGGUUUUUUUCUUGAAUGAUGAUUGACAUCAUCCUCAUUUGCCAGGAAUUCAACAGCCCAAGUUGAUUUCAAAGUCUACAGAAUCUUGUUAAUAUGCUUCCAUAGGUAUGGUGCUUCAGAAAGUGCUAAUCAAAUGAUCAGAUAUUGAAACAGUUGUCUUAGCACAAGUAUUCUAUAAUUUCUGCUAGGAUGAAAUAAAAGUUCCAAAAGACUUAAUUUGGGAAGAAUAUUUUUCUUCAGUUUUGUUUAAUUCAUACCUAUAGGGGUAGUUAAUGAUAAAUUAAAACACUAAUUAUUAUUCUGAGAUGAGAAAAUGUUGCUUACAAGUUACUACUUAAAAAUUCAAGCAACGGCCAAACAGAAAAGAAGACUAGAGGUUAGAGAACAAGUAGCAGUCAUAAAUACUAAAUACGUCUAUAAGGCCAGGUGUUGUGGUUCACACCUGUAAUCCCAGUGCUUUGGGAGUCUGAGGCAGGAGGAUUGCUUGAGGCCAGGGGUUUGAGACCAGCCAGGCCAACAUAGAGAGACCCUGUCUCUACAAAACAAACAAAAAAUCAAGACUAAAUAUGUCUAUAAUGACUCUGGUCUGUAAGUAUCAGAAUUUUAGGUAUUUAGUUCUCAUUUUCUCAGCAUUGUUAGAGUUUAUGCAUUUCUAUCAUGUAACAGCCCCACCAUUCCUAUUAUUGAAGAACUUUCCAUUUGAAAAUAAAGUGAAUGAAAUGGCCUUCCUUGAUAAGUAAACCCCUAGAUUUACUUACGGCAAUUGGUGUAACAUAUUGGAAAAUAAUUUGGAAAUAAUAGUAUAGAUCAACAAUUCACAGCUUUCAAUCAGCAUUCCUACAAUUCAUAAUAAGUAGAGGGAAAAUAUUCCAAAAUUUGUGAAAACAUAUAUGCAUGAAAGUAUUUGUCUUAGCUUUAUGCAUAACAGCAAAUUAAAAUCCUGAUAAUACAGGAGGUGUUAAGUAGGUUCUCGGGUAUUAUUAGAAUAAGUUCAGAUUACUGAAAUUUAUAAAUAUUAAUAUUUCUCAUUAUAAGAAUACAAUAGUAAAAUCUAGUUUAAAAGGAAUUAUUUCACAAAUGCCUGUAAACAAACUAUGUUAAAAAUAAAAACUGCAUACCUAAAAGCAAAUCCAUAUGAAAUUGGAAAUGCAAAAUUUUUCUGCAAGUUUUUGUUUUAACUUGAUGAUUUUAGGGAUGACAUAUUUCUUUUCCACUAUAAAUAUAUUUCAAAAUACAGGAUCUUUAUAAUUUAAAAACUUUAAAAGUGUUUCCUAUAUAUAAUAUUCUUCUAACUUUCUUGUUUCUUUGCUGAGGCUCUUUAAAGGCUUUUUUGAACAUCAAACAGCUGCAGCGUAAUGGGUAAUGUCAAAGUCAACUAACUGAGAACUGGAAACCUGAAGGCUGUAAACAAUUUGAAUUCUAGGAUGUCAGAUUCCAACCUAGAAAAUAAUUUAAAAUAAAAAAAUUAAAAAGCUAAAUUAGAUAACCUUUAAGGUUUUCAACUUGGUCAAAUUAUAUUGAAUAAUUCCUUCAAUAGAUUUGGUAUGUGCACAACAAAUAUUAGGUGUUUAUUUAUUGCACUUGGCUCUAUUUAUUUUAUUUUAUUCUUUAUAGAACCACCUUAAGAAGAGGUUAAAGUAGCCUACUAAUUGAAAAAGGAGGGAGUUAAAACUCAAAACUCUGCUUCUCCUGAUAUGUUCACUCUUAUCUCUCAUUUCUUUCCAGAUUAGUUAGGGUGGGGCUGUAGGGUUGUUAUUAUUGGCCAUGAUAGACAAAAGAGUCAUGAUUAUGUUAGCUAAACAAUGUAUGGCUAGGGAAAAAAGAACAUCAUUUGUGUUUCCAGAACAGAAAAAGCUAUUCUGUAAAUAGAGGUGGAGAGAAUAGUAACUUGUAUUAUUUAUUUUAAUAUCUCUAGUGUCCAACAGAGAUUGGAACCUAAUAUUUGCCAAUACAUGUUAAUAAAAUUAGAUAUGUAACAAAAGGGCAAGCAUAGUGCCUGGAACUUUAUAGUUAUUCUAUAAAUGUUAACUCUUGUUAUUGUAAGUAAUGAAAGAAAAGUUAAAUGUCUAGUAAGGGUAAAAUAUUGCUUACAUACUUUAUUUGAAAUGAACACCACUUCCUCUCUUUCCUGUUUCCAUCACUCAGGGCAAAUACAUUGGUACUUAUACAGAUAUAAAAUCAAGGUAUGGCUUUUCGACUUCAAAUACUAUUUUUGAAGUUUUAAAAUUUAUUCUAGGCUGGGAACAGUGGCUCACGCCUGUAAUCUCAGCAUCUUAGGAGGCUGAAGCAGGCAGAUGACGAGGUCAGGAGUUCAAGACCAUUCUGGCGAAUAUGGUGAAACCCUGUCUCUACUAAAAAAAAAAAAAAAUACAAACA